AUGAAGCUCUAUCUGAAAGAAGGCAGGCCUCAGUAUCGAGAAGCGCCCCAGCGCCGUCUGCGCAAGAUAUGUCGGCGAGCAAACGGUUACGGUCUUAAUCAAGUGAUUGUGGUAGAAAAAGAUCGGAGGGCGUUUCAGAAACGGACAAGCCAGCGAACGCGGUCGUCAAGGCCGGACUUCGAAGUCUCUAGCCACACUGUGCUCCUGUCGAAAGUCGCAGUCGUAUCGACUACCCCUGAAUCACUCGAUUUUCCCGCAAGGUCUUUCAUUCGUAAGCCUCGUGCUUAUAACCUAUUGAUGACUUACUCCAUACGUCUCGGCUGGCCAAAGUCUGCUACUUCAAUCACGCAGUCGAUGAGGCGGCCCGUCGUUCUCGGACGAUUUGAGGACAAUGGCCGUUUCCGCUGUCGAGUCCAGCAGUAUGACACCAACGGCAACUCUCUAUCAGAUGAACACAGGCAUCAAGGCUGCCUUGACAUUCUUCCUCGCGACAUCGAACUCAUCCACUCCCUCAGCAACCACUCUCAUAACUUACCAGAAGCAGUUU